AAGGAAGUGGCUACGGAAUAUUUGCCUUGUUUAUAGGUACGAUGAGAGUACUAAUUAUGUACAUGUGUAUUAGAUUCAGUUUAUCAACCGGUUAAUUAGCUUUAUCAUGCGUAGGCCUUCUGAAAAUGAAUGCCAGAUCAGUCUAGAAGUACAUUUUUGAAUACACGCUCUUCUUUAAAUGGAGAAACCAUUCGUUUUUGCUUGCGCGGAUCUAACAGACUGCAGGCCGCGGUCUGUGCAAACGAGUUGGGAACUAAAAAACGACGCGGAGGUGGACAGUGUAUUUGGAGACUGGACUACUGUUUGUAAUGGCUCCAAGUCGGAGUCUGUUGAUCGAUGUUCAUCACUGGAGUAUGGAGAUGUGCUGAAAAUGCAUGUCGUUUUCCAAGAGUGCUUCCCAGUUUUGACUGAAUAUAAAGAGGCCAACUGUAUGGUUCAAUCUCUGUCCCAGUUGCUAGAAAAUACCCAAACAUGUUCUUCUCAACCAACAAAUACAAUAUGUGACAGUGGCAGCUUGUGGAGCUGUCUGGUGGCUGAGCCCAGCAGGCUGAGGUUUUCCGAGCAAGUCGUCCACUCAAACUGCCACAACAGAGUGGCUUCUGCCCUAAGAAUCACAAACGCACGCUUCAUCUCUGAACAGAGUGUAGAGGACCUUGACGAAACCCCAGAGGAAACCUCUUGCCCCCCAGCUGCUGCUCUCAUCAAAACCAAGCUAUUGGCCUCCUCCUCAUGCCGCCGUGACACCCCAGCAUUCCUCUACCAGAUCUCCCAGCAGUGGCUGACUCAGUGCGGCAUGCAGCUGCAGCCUCAGCACCAUAAGAAUACCCCUCCACUGAACUAUGGAGGACAGUAGAAAGAUGCUACAUUGCACCUCCACUGUGCUGUUGUAGAUGGGUGAAAUGGGCUUGGCUGUUAUCCGCGUAAAAGUAAAUUAUUAACUUUUCUCAGUUGUAUGCAUUUUUGAUGUAAUCAUAUUGUUUAGUUCAUUAGUAUGUGUGUUCCUGGUUUUAUAUUUCGCUAAAUCCCAAAUAAAGUCCUUAUCUGCCCUCCAGUUGUUACCCACAGUGGAGGGAAUUAAUAUGAUUGAGGGUGUAGGGCCUAAUUAUACGCUUCAGUGACCCCUUGCAGCAUAUGUUCAAAGAUGCAGCUUCCGUGAGCAAUAUUAUAUCCCAUAAUACUGCAUUGUUUUUGAGGGUGUGGAAUUUCACACAAAAGAAUGGAUAGGCAUCAUUUUCAGACUGAAUUAGGUAGUGAACAGUUGCAAUUGAAGUACAGGUAAUCGAUCAGACAUUCUUCAUAUAUAAAUACAGUACCAGUCAAAGGUUUGGAUACAUUUACACAUUCAAAUGAUUGGGAAAUUAUGAUAAUUGCAUUUGUUUAUCUUAGACUGAGAGGUGACAAAAUAGUAUACCCCUGUGUUUGACUGUUACUCAGGUUUAGUAGAAAAUUGCGUUAAUUAAAAUGUUAUGCUCAUUUUCAUACUUAAGUGGAACAUGAAUUGCUAAAUUCAAGUCACAAGUGUUUCCCAAAGUUGCUAGGAUUAUUGAUCCCCUUCCCACUCUGGAU